AUGGGAUAUAUAUCUAAUCAUAUUCACACACGAAUGCAAGAACCAACGAUUUGGAAUAAUUCGCAUUCCUUCAGGCCUCAGGUGGAUGUGUCUCGCCAAGUUCCCGGAAUAGUUUGCACCAGCCGCGUAGAAGCUUGUCAUGAUGCCUGGACUCAAUUAAGGUUGUCGCCGAUGUUCGGAUGCAUUUGUCCAGGCAAUCAAGCGAAAAAGCGCUGCGAUAAAAUAUUCUCAACGGUUAAUCAUAAUCCGUGUGUGGUGAAAAUCAUCUCGCAUCCCGACAACACCACGAGCUUUGAAAUCAUCGAGUCGCAGCUGGAGAACCCGCUGAUUGAUGCUGAUCAUCAAGACCUUCAUGCGUUGAAGCAGCUCACACUUCCGGGGUUCAGGCAUCGGCCACAUCAUCGGAAGAAUCACACUACUGAAGACGAUGAUUCAUCGAUCGAUUUUGAAAAAAUUCAUCAACCUGUAAAGUUAAUACUUUCAAGUACGUGUCACCAAGCUUAUUCAAUGUGUCGAAAUGAUACGGAGUGCCGAGGAUUGUUGCAGCCGAUAUUGAAUCACUGCGACGCUUCAAGCUGUGCUCGUAAUGAGUGUAUGAAUGCAUUGCAGAAGUUCUACAAAAAAGCUAAUGAUAGUCACUCGAUGGAGAUUGCUUUUUGUCUGUGCAAAAAAACUCAAGAUAAAGAUGACGCGUGCAUAGUGGCCCAAGAAAAGAUGCACCCAGUCUGCGCCCAAGGUCACGACAUAUCCGAGCUCCCAACCUGUCACAGUUUAGCACUGGCAUGUCGCGAGGACAUCACAUGCAGAAAUAAAUUGGAGCACUACGAGCAGAGCUGUGCCGUGGAUAGCGUGACGAAAAAAUGCGCGGGUCCGCCCGCCGACUGCAGAAGAGCAAUGCUAGGAAUUCUUGGCACGGAACUGAGAUCCAAUUGCGCUUGUAAGGGCACUGAACUUACGCAGCUGUAUGAUUGUUUGGGAUGGCAGAGAUUACUUUGGGUUAAUCCUUGCGUUGUCGAGUCACAGAAGGAUUUCCAUGCGCGGAAAAAACAUCACCAUCAUUCCAAUAUAAAGCCCAGUACUACGACCCUAUCUACAGACUCCUGGAGCACGUCGGCGACAUUUUUUGCAGUCACUCCACUGAUUACUGACAGCGUUGAAGAAGAUAAUGUUUUUGUGUGUUUCAAAGACCGAGGCAAAAUCAUCAGUACAUACCUCUACCGCGACAACGAGCCCGAAUGUUCGGACCUGUGUCAGUGUGGAGAGGGUGUAACCCUUGUCUGCAAUACAAUCUGCGUUCAACCUUCACCUUGCAAAACUCCCUUUGCUUUCUAUAAUCAUGCAGCGCCAGCCUACCAGGCUUUCAGGGGGCGCUGCUUGUGUUACAGUGGUCGCUUCAUAUGUAUGCGGCCUUCUCCUGAAACUUACAAUAUCCCUCACGGAGUCUUCAUGUUCCUUGGGUACAGUGAAACAGACGAGGAUUUCAUGAAAACUUACAAUAAUUUAACUGUGUUGGACGCGGUUAACUCACUUGACAGCUUUAUUCGUGAAGAAGCUAACAAUAAGACUAUGUGUACCCUCUUCUUAUACAACGUCACACAGGAGAAUGUAAUAGCAGUGGCGCGACUCGGCGGAAAUAAUCCACCGCCUAAUAGCAGUCAAGCACAGAGCUUACAGCACCUGCUACGCGUCAAGGGAGUCUAUGAAUUAAAUGUACGAUUAAAAAUAAAUUUCAUCGAGGGACAACUAGCGAUCGGUAUGAAAUUGUUUGGUUAUGGAAAUUAA